GGCAACACAGCUCAGAGCAGCUUCUAGCUGAGAAACUCAUCGACCUGGCCCUAAGCAAAGACCUUUCCAGUAUGUGUGGAACCACAGCGAAAAUAGACUAUUACAUAUAAUUUUGUGAUAAGAGGUUAUGUCGAACAGUGACAACUCUGCUGAGUUGAACAGAGUGAAUUCUCCAGUUGAUCACAGAAGAAAGCACAGCAUGGAAUCUUCUAGAUCUCCCAGAUCAUCCAAACACCACCAUUCACGAUCUAGGUCACGCUCCAGAGACCGAAAACGUGACAGAAAAUAUAGACGAAGUCGCAGCAGGAGCAAAGAGGCACGGAAAAGAGAUUCAGAGAAGCCAUCAAAAUCUCACAGAAAGUCUGAUGACCAUCAAGAGCAGGAGAGACAUCCUGCAGAGAAUGGAGAGGAGCGAUCCAGGCGGAAGGAAAGGAAGUCUUCAAGGGGGCGGAGCUUCUCCAGGUCACACUCGAGAGAUAGACGGCAUCACAGCAGGAGCAGAGAACGGCGGCGGUCCCGAUCACGCAGCCGGGAAAGGAAGAAGAAGGCCAGGUCUCGUUCAGGUUCCAGAAGCAAACAUCGUCACCACAGCAGAAGUCGUAGCAAAAGCAGGGAGCGCAAGAAGAGGAUUGAGAAGGUGCACAGAAAAAGUCUUAGUAGGUCUGUUAGUCCGCUCGUCUUCCGUGGGAGAAACACAGCUAUGGAUGCACAAGAGGCUUUAGCCAGAAGACUAGAAAGAGCCAAGAAACUUCAAGAGCAGAAAGAGAAAGAGAUGUUAGAGAAACAGCAGCAGCAACAGCAGGAAAUGGCUGCAGCUGUGGUUGCCCCUAUUGCAGCUGCUGCUGCAGCCGCUGCCUCAAACCCUGCCCUAAACGUCGCCGCCCUGCUGGCAUCUGGAACACAGGUCACUCCCCAGAUUGCGAUGGCUGCACAGAUGGCAGCGCUUCAAGCCAAAACCCUGGCUGAGACUGGUAUUGCUGUCCCCAGUUAUUAUAACCCAUCUGCUGUCAACCCAAUGAAGUUUGCAGAACAGGAGAAGAAGAGGAAAAUGCUUUGGCAGGGAAAGAAAGAUGGGGAAAAGUCACAAACAGCUGAGUUGUGGGAAAAGCUCAACUUUGGAAACAAGGAUCAAAAUGUCAAAUUUCGCAAGCUAAUGGGUAUUAAGGGUGAGGAUGAUGCAGAAGCUGCCAAAAAACUCAAUAAAGAAGGCUUGAAGACUCUUCAAAAGCAAGAAGAGAUGUUUAAGAACCUUGAUGUUCAGUACGAGAUGGCUCGAUCUCAGACACACACCCAGAGAGGAAUGGGCCUCGGCUUUUCCUCAUCUUUUUCUCGGGGGAUGGAUUCUGUGUAGUGCCCAUCCUCUGCACUUCAUCCUCAUCUCAUCACAUAAUUCAUCGCUGGCCCUCAAGCUUGCAUGGAUGUUGCUCUGAAUCUGUAAAUUAUUUAUAGAAAGAAAAAAAAAAACUCAGAAAUUGUAAGAUUGAAUUGUAUAUAGUGAGACGCUAAGUUUGUUUCAGUGUCUAUUAAUCUGUACGUCUUCUGGAAAAGGAACCCAUGCUUGCAUUAACCCAAUGGUUAAUGUAAACAGUUAAAUAGAUUACUUCUUUUCAACAAUGUGAUAUCUUUUUUAUGACAAAAAAUAUAUUGUGUGGUUUUCUGAAUAUGAUGUGGUUUAAAUGGAACCUGUUUACAUCCAUUCACCAAAGGAUAAGGUCUAUGGUAGCAUAAUGGGAGUCCCUUAUCUUCAUUUCUCAAUGGGGAAAAUGAAACAGGGAUUGUUAGAAAAACUCUUCUCAUGGACUGCUCUGCAUAGAAGUGAGCUCGGAAUGAGUAACAGAUGCCAUCCUUUCAUGUAAUAAAAUUUGUGUUUGGGGAAAAAAAAAA